AUGGGAUUUCUUCGGGUUGGUACCUAUGUGAACGCCUUUAAGGCUAAACAAGCUGGAUUUGUUGGUAAUGCGGACGGAGAAGGCCGACUACUUGGAGGGAUCUAUCUGAUCGCUAACAACGAGUUGGUCUAUUCACAUCUGGAAAAGGAAUGGGGAGAUGCAGCUAACAUCGAUGAAGUCCGAAAUGCGAUUCAUAAAUUCAAGUAG